AUGUUCAGGAAGAAAACAAGUGUGUGUGUUCAGUGGUUCCAGCAAUAUAGGAAGACUACUGAAUAUAAACUUUCAGAUCCGACUGUGGGUGUUGACUUUUUUGCUGGUCUCAUAGAAGUGAAAGAUGGCACCAUAAUAAAACUUCAACUCUGGGACACAGCUGGACAGGAGAGAUUCAGGUCCAUAACCAAAUCGUAUUACAGAAAUUCUGUCGGUGCUCUGCUUGUAUACGACAUCUGUAACAGAGCAAGUUUUGAACAUAUUCCUCUAUGGAUGAUGGAAGCCCGUAGGCAUAUAGAACCUCAUCGCCCUGUAUUUGCCCUGGUUGGCUGCAAGCUGGAUGUAGUGUUGGCUGGUGGAAGACGUGAGGUAUCGGGUGAAGAAGCACAUGCCUUUGCUGAGCAGCACGGCUUACAUCAUGUUGAAACUUCUGCGCGAACUGGUGUAAAUGUAGAAGAGGCAUUUCAUGCAGUAACCCAGGAAGUUUAUAACAGGAUACAAACUGGUGAAUACAAAGUGGUGGAUGGUUGGGAUGGUAUUAAAACUGGAUUUCAGCGCCCAAGUGGGUAUGACUUCAAUUUAGUUGAAACAGAACCUGCCAAAUCAACUUGUUGCUGAGAUGAUGUACUGAUA